AAAAAAAAAAGACAGAGACGGAGCGAACAAUAAAGUCAGUUGAAACUGAUUGUGAUAAUGUCGAUGGUUGAAUUUGGAUCAAUUAGCGGCUGGCAGAUGUGCAGGAUCAUGGCUGACCCCAGGGCUUAAAGAACACAAUCCAAUUUUCCUCAACAAAUGUAAUACAAUUAGGCCGGAUAAAAACAGACAACUCAGAAGGGAGGAGUCUUUUAAAAACCAGUCGGGGGGAUAAGACAGCAAGACAGAGACGAAGCAGUUAGUCCGAGAAAAGAGACGGUAUCCACAAGGGCUUGGAAACGGAGAAGACUGAAGACUGGACAGUUCCAUGAUCAAAAGAAAGGCAAACUUUUGCGAAAAUGAGGGCCUGAGAGGAUAAAGAAAGAAAAAAAACAAGGGAGGAAAAGAGUAAACAACUUCAGCUGAUCACUACGAGGGAGGAUGCUGAGUCUGCUGCGGCCAAAACGGAGAGCGGACCUGACGAGGUAACAAGACACGAGUGAGUUCGGAGAGUGACCACUUUUUUUACAACAGCACCGGAGAAAAAAGUUUCCUUACAACUUUGGAUUGAGCCCCAUAUCAGCUCUGCGUGACAAAACAAGUACAACAUUUUGUCCACCACCAAACUGACGCGGAUCGAGAUCCGUCAUUGGGGUUAUGAGGGUCUUCAACAGGGACCUUCGCUUUCAAGACAUCACCAUCAUGUACUUCACUGGCCUGGCGGCGUUGAUGGUCAUCUUGGUGGGCUCGUACCAGGCACCGGGCAAUGCCACCAAUGUGUCCAGUUUCAAAUCAAACGCCUCGAGGCCUCUCCCACCACUCCCUAUGCCCUUCCGCGUGCCCCUUGACCCACGCGGGGAGCUCCAGCUCGCCUGGAACAUCAGCUACGCCGACCAGGAGGUCUACAUGGCGUUGAGGGUGGCAGAGCUCAGAUACGGCGUGGUCCUGGGGAUGUCCGACCGCGGGGAGCUGACCAACGCUGACCUGGUGGUGCUGUGGGACUCGGGGACGAAGAGCUAUUUUGGGGAUGCGUGGAGCGACAGCGAGGGUCGCGUUUCAUUGGACAGCCAGCAAGACUACGAGCUGCUCGAAGCCAAACAGAAACCCGAUGGAUUCUUCCUGCUCUUCAAAAGACCGUUCAGCACCUGUGAUCCCAGAGACUACCUCAUUGAGGAGGGAACCGUGCACAUGAUCUACGGCUUCUUGGAUCAACCACUUGCCUCGCUGGAGCAGCUGAACCUGUCCCGGAUCCACACGGGGUUACAGAGAGUCCUCAUGCUGCGCCCCGACACGCCGGCCCCCACCCUGCCUCCAGAUGUGCGGACGCUGGAUGUCGUGUCGCCAAACGUCAUCAUACCAAACCAGGAGACCACUUACUGGUGCUUCAUCCAGAAGCUGCCUGAAAACAUGCCCAAGAACCACAUUGUUAUGUACAAGUCAGUGAUAACUCCAGGUAACGAGGCCAUCGUGCAUCACAUAGAGGUGUUUGAAUGUUCCCCGGAAGUCCCCGAUGUUCCACCGUACAGCGGCUCCUGUGAUGACAAGAUGAAGCCGGGCAAGCUCAACUUCUGCCGCCAUGUGUUAGCUGCGUGGGCCAUGGGUGCUGAGGCCUUUUACUAUCCUCCUGAUGCAGGGCUGCCUAUGGGUGGACCAGGAUCCUCAAGGUUCCUUCGUCUGGAGGUUCAUUACCACAACCCUCUCCUUAUAUCAGGCCGUCAUGACUCAUCAGGGAUACGGCUGCAUUACACCCCCAGCCUGAGGCGGUACGAUGCGGGGAUCAUGGAGCUCGGCCUUAUUUACACCCCUAUCAUGGCCAUCCCGCCCAAACAACGCACCUUCUACCUCAGCGGUUACUGCACCUCCAAGUGUACCAAGACAGCUUUGCCCUCCGGAGGAAUCUAUAUAUUUGCGUCGCAGCUCCACACCCACCUCGCGGGGCGCGGGGUGAGGACAGUUGUCGUGAGGGGAGGCAAAGAGCUGGAGCUGGUACAGGAGGACCAGCACUUCAGUGCACACUACCAAACAAUCCGAGUCCUCAGAAAAAUGGUCAAUGUAUUACCUGGCGACGUGCUCAUAACAAAGUGUACUUACAACACGGAGGACAGGAGCCGGCCCACAGUGGGAGGUUUCGGCAUCAUGGAUGAAAUGUGCGUCGACUACGUCCACUACUACCCUCGGACUCAGCUGGAGCUCUGCAAAAGCCACGUGGACGCGGGAUACCUGCAGAAAUACUUUAAUUUCAUUAACAGGUUCCACGGAAAUGAUCAGUGUGUGUGCGGGGAGGUUAGUGUGACGGAGCAAUAUUCUCAGCUGCAGUGGGAUGCGUUCACCGAAGAAGUGCUCAACUCCCUCUAUAACACGGCCCCCAUCACAAUGCACUGCACCCAGUCGACUGCACGCCCCUUUCCUGGAGAGUGGGACCAGCAGCCCCUACCGGUGGCGACCGCCGUGCUCGGAAAACCGCGGUACCCCUGCGAGGGAGGAGCACCACCGCCCACCGGCCAACCCCUCACCCCCCCAGUGUGAGCUCAGACUGGGACCCCGGUGGCACACCCAGCGAGAGGGCAGCCCGACCCGGAGCAGGUUAAAGAAGCUCCUGUCACUUGGCAGGAUUUACCCUGGUUUUUCUUUUUUGUCUUUGGGGAAUAGUUCAAGUCUUCGAUUGGGUUUACUGAUGCCUGCUGUAAUUAUAUGUAUUAAAAGUCCUAGUUCAUUUUAAAAAGACCCAUUCACAUGUGCUGUUUCAAGGUAUUGGAGAUGUGCAUUGUUUCUGACACUAUAGGAUUCGGGGCUGGCAUGUAACUGACAAAAAUAAGUGUUGGUUUAUGGAAAAAAAGUGUUGUGAACCAUUGUUAUUGGCAUAUUUACCUCUGCUGCAUUUGUUGAAAAAUAAAUUCAUGAGUUAACAUCUACAUACUCUCUUAUGUUCCCCAUGACUCUAAGGAUAAUGACUACAAGCUUUAUUCAGACAUGAACUAUUGUUAUUUGUUGAAUAAUUUUAACCAAAUAAAAUACAUACUGUACAUUAUAUGCCGUACUUUGCUACAUACCACUGUGUCCAAUAAUAAUGAAAAC